UCUCCAAGAUGGCGGAAUUUGGCUGAAAUCUUUAUGGGAACAGUUGUCUUCUUGGCUUUUCGCGGCUUCAGCAUCGAUCAGAAGACUUAUAACCUCACUGGAGUUUACUCUGGAGUCGCGUGAAUAUAGGGAGUCCUAAUCUGUUGUUUCUGUGUGCUAUAUUCACAUAAUUUUGGAUGUAAAGGCAGUCGAGUUGAAGGUGGGAGGGGCUCCCAGCUGUGACUUGCAUGUACCUGAGACUGCUGCAGUAGUCCUAGCAUUCAGAUCUGGAAACAACCGCUUACAACAGGAUGCACCACAAUGUUCACGACAGUAGCAGUGACACAACUAUGAGAAAACUCUUCCGAUUUCGGAGACUAUUUUGGGUCAAGAAAUCACAACCGUAUAUUCCACGAUGAGCAUGUUUGCGGACCGAGAGGCCCUGGCGAACAACGUCGUCGCGGCCUUCGAGGCUUUCACGCCGGAGGAACAGAACGUCGUGCUGCGGCAAAUACUUCUGAAGUGCCAGCCCCUGCAGCUGAGGUUUGUAUAUGCUGAGCUGAAGACCCUGCUGGCAGUGGAUUUUGUGGCCCACCUGCCGCGGGAGCUGACAGAGAGGAUCUUCUCCUACCUGGACGGAGUAGAGAUGUCCCGUGCCGCCUGCGUCAGCAGACUCUGGAGGGAAAAAACCAACAACGAGGGAUUAUGGCAGAGACUGUGCAAGUUGAAGAGGUGGGAACAUUUUGGGUUUAACGAGGACCUGUCGCGUGAGGAGUCGUGCAGCAGCCCCACGGCCACCUCCCGUACCUCCCCGCGCUUCACGCCCGUCAACAGCGACGUCAUCUCCCUGUCCCCGCUCUGCCGCUGGAAGGACGUGUACAUCCGGGCGCACCACCUCAACAAGAACUGGGCCACGGGGAAGUACACCGUCAUGCCUGCACUCAGGGGCCACGACGGCAGGGUCAACUGUAUAGACUGUGAUGGCAAGUUACUAGUGAGUGGAGGGGGAGACAACUGUGUUCGGUUGUGGGACCUGGCGACUGGGAAGUGUAUCAACCAGCUGGAGGGACACACAGACUCUGUCACUGGUAUACAACUCAGGAACAACAUCGUGGUGACGAGCUGUGCAGACAGCGUGAUCAGGGUGUUCGAGGCGUCCAGCGGUCGGUGUCUGAAGGUCAUGCAAGGUCACACAGCAGGGGUCGAGCACCUCUGCUUUGAUGGGGCAAACCUUGUCAGUGCUUCAAAUGACAGGACAGUGAGAGUCUGGUCCUUGUCAUCAGGGAAGUGCAUCCACAACCUAACAGGGCACACAGAUGAUAUUCAGCUGCUCUGUAUGCAUGGAGACUUAGCGGUCAGCUCGUCCUGGGACCAGACCCUGCGACUGUGGGACAUCAGAAGGGGGCUGUGCUUACAGAUACUCGUGGGACAUGCAGAAGUUGUGUACUGUUGCCAGUUUGAUGAGAGGAGGGUGGUGAGCGGUGGGGCCGACUCCUUUGUGAAGAUAUGGAACCCCCAGACGGGGGACUGCACCAAGACUCUGACUGGACACACGGGAGAGGUGUACUGUUUGAAGUAUAACGAGGACAUCAUUGCAUCAGGGGCAGCUGACAGCAUUGUCAGGUUGUGGAGCUUUGCAGGGGAGUGCCUACAUGAGCUGAGAGAACACAUCGGCGUGGUGCGCUGUCUUCUGCUGGAGGGGGACAGACUCAUCUCAGGGGGGGACCAGAAGAAGGUCGUCAUCUGGAACGCAAAGGAAGGCAAGUUGCUGAACGUGGUGCACAGGAACCCGACGUUGCUGCACCUGAUGUGGGCUAACGAGACAAAGUUGGUGCUGGCCUCCCCAGAGUCCCCCGGAACUGUCUCCAUCCUCAGCUACUGGUAACCUCCACUAGACAUCACAUCUUAUCUUGAAAGUUCAUCUGUGUUGGUAGAAAUCAUUAUGAAGCAAGUUUAAACUGUAAUAUCCAACACAAUAAAUUGGAC